AUGCUGGGCGUGAGCGAAGAGCCGUUUGCUGGCGCGGGAGCGUUUCGAAUUCCGCUUGCGGUGCGUGAAGAGCAAAGCACUGAUCACAGGCACGUGGAGGACAAGUCGACGGUGUUUGGCACAGCGCUCAACUACGUAGCCCUGCGGAUCCUGGGGCUCGGACCGGAUGACCCCGACGUCGUGAGGGCCCGCGUCAACCUGCACAGCAAAGGAGGUGCUGUGGGAAUCCCUUCCUGGGGGAAGUUUUGGCUGGCUGUGCUGAACGUUUACAGCUGGGAGGGAAUGAACACGCUUCUCCCAGAGAUGUGGCUGCUCCCUACGUGGUUCCCAGCCCACCCGUCCCGGCUCUGGUGUCACUGCCGCCAGGUUUACCUCCCCAUGAGCUACUGUUACGCCAAGCGUCUGUCAGCAGAAGAGGACGAGCUCAUACGGAGCUUGCGGCAGGAGCUGUACGUGCAAGACUACGCCAGCAUCGACUGGCCAGCCCAGAGGAACAACGUGGCCGCCUGUGACGUGUACACCCCGCACAGCUGGCUGCUGGGGGCUGCCUACGCCAUCAUGAACGUGUACGAAGCCCACCACAGCACCCACCUGCGGCAGCGAGCCAUCACAGAGCUGUACGACCACAUCAAAGCUGAUGACAGAUUCACCAAGUGCAUCAGCAUUGGGCCGAUUUCCAAGACGAUCAACAUGCUGGUUCGCUGGUUCGUGGAUGGGAAGAACUCUCCAGCUUUCCAGGAGCAUGUUUCCAGGAUCCCCGACUACCUCUGGCUGGGCCUCGACGGCAUGAAGAUGCAGGGCACAAAUGGAUCCCAGCUCUGGGAUACGGCGUUUGCCAUCCAAGCCUUCCUGGAGGCAGAAGCCCAGAAGAUGCCUGAAUUAACAUCCUGCCUACAAAAUGCCUACGAGUUCCUCCGGUUCACCCAGAUCCCAGAGAACCCACCCGACUACGAGAAAUAUUACCGCCAUAUGAACAAGGGUGGCUUCCCCUUCAGCACCCGAGACUGCGGCUGGAUCGUGGCAGACUGCACAGCAGAGGGACUGAAGUCAGUUAUGCUGCUGCAGGAGAAGUGCCCCUUCAUAGCCAAGCUUGUCCCGCCUGAGCGCCUCUUUGAUGCCGUGAAUGUGUUGCUGAGCAUGAGGAACUCGGACGGAGGCUUUGCCACAUACGAAACCAAGCGAGGAGGCCACUUGCUUCACCUGCUGGCAGGCGACAUCAUGAUCGACUACACCUAUGUGGAGUGCACGUCGGCUGUCAUGCAGGCACUGAGACACUUCCACGAGGAGUUCCCUGAGCACAGAGCUCCAGAGAUCAGGGAGACUCUGCGGAAGGGCCUGGACUUCUGUUGCAAGCAGCAGCGAGCCGAUGGGUCGUGGGAAGGGAGCUGGGGGGUUUGUUUCACCUACGGCACCUGGUUUGGUCUGGAGGCGUUCGCCACUAUGCAGCACACAUACCGUGACGGGGUUGCGUGCCGAGAGGUGGUCCAGGCCUGCGAGUUCCUCCUCUCCAAGCAGAUGGCAGAUGGCGGGUGGGGAGAGGACUUUGAGUCGUGCGAGCAGCGCACGUAUGUCCAGAGUGCCACGUCGCAGAUCCACAACACGUGUUGGGCCCUGCUGGGGCUCAUGGCGGUCAGGUACCCUGACAUCGACGUGCUGGAAAGGGGCAUCAAAUUGUUGAUUGAUAAGCAGCUGCCCAACGGGGACUGGCCUCAGGAGAAUAUUGCUGGGGUGUUCAACAAGUCGUGCGCCAUCAGUUACACCGCGUACUGCAACGUCUUCCCCAUCUGGACGCUGGGGCGUUUCUGCCGGCUGCAUCCCAACAGCCCCCUUGCCGGGCAGCUGCAAUCCGGAUCCUCAGCUGAGCUGGGGAAGACCGUGCCGGAGGCCUUGUCUGCCUGA